AUGUCAACCACCAAUGGAAAUAUAUGGGCCGGUGCUGGCUCUCCCGACGCAGUGCAGGUGAUAGAGAGGUUCUACACCCUGCUAGACGCCGAAACACCUGAAGCAGCGAAGGAGAUGAGUGAGAUGUGUACCGAAGACGCAGUGUUUAUAACCCCAGGACAGUCAUUCAAAGGCCGUCAAGAAAUAUACACCCAACGAAUCGGAUUCUGGGAGGCAUUCCCAGGUAUCACACAUAAGCCGCUUCGUGUCUAUGUUUCGCCCUCCUCGCCGCUGGAUGUCGUUGUUAUCAACAGCUUCACGUUCCCUACAAAGGAUGGGGCGCGUUCCUCGUACACGGCAGCAAAUUGGGCCCUUGCUGAAAAGAAUGGGGCGUAUCUGGUUCAGAAGCUUGAGCUGUUCAUGAAUCCAACCGUGUUUGGCUGGACCUAA